CUUGCCAGAUCCCGGUCUUCCUCCCUGCACCGGGACCGCUGGUGCAUCGCGAAGCACGUUGAAGCCGGGACGCUGUAGACUAGACGGGCUUCCGGGACUCGUCCAGAGGCGGCGACUCUUUGCCGACGUCCCCGGGCACGAGAGACUACUGAUCGUUCUGUCUAAAAUGGGUGUGAAGAAGAAAAGAGAAAUGCAGGUCGCUGCGUUGACUGUUUGUCCUGAGGACCUGGAAACUUUGAGAUCUUUAGCUGAUGCAGAAGGGAAAAAUCUAGCCUCUUUGCUGUUACAUUGUGUACAACUCACGGACGGAGUGUCACAAAUCCGUUAUAUUAAACAGAUUGUGCCUGUCCUGGAGAAGGUAGAUAAAAAUGGUGUGUAUGAUCCUGCUAUUGAAAAUUGUUUGAGAAUUAUAGCAAGCAUUUAUUUUUCCUUGACUCUGAAGAAUCCCUUGAAGAAAAUCUUGGCAAGCUCACUGAAUGGCCUACCUGAAUAUUUUGUAACUGAUGCUACAUACUGUUUUAUUUUUUACCUUCAAGAAGACUUGGAAACUGCUGACUUAUAUUCUUAUAGAAAAGUGAUGGACAACAUAUCUUCCUGCCUGGAGAACUUUAAUGUGGGUACAGCAUGUGUUGUUUAUCUGCUUAAAGUUGUGCUUCGUUUUCUGUACAAGAGUUUAACUGACAUCCUGGAGGAAAACAGAAAAUUUGCUGGAAAUCACAUUGUUCAAACACAGUUAAUGAAUGACUUGUUGGUGGGCAUUAGAGUUUCAAUGACAUUAGUACAGAAAGUACCAAAUCCCGAGGGCCAUCUUUGGAGUGAUUCUAACUUUCUCAUCUGGCGUACUAUGUGUGGCUUGCUAAGCAUUUUCACCGACUUUUUAAAUGACGGUGACCUACUGCAGACUGUUCAGAGCACGUCGGGAUUAGCUGUUAUUCUUUUUGUGAAGAACAUGUUCUGUCCAUCUGAAAAACUUCCUGAGUUGAUCAGCAGCCUGCUUCUCCAGUCAGUUGACUGCAGCAGCACCCCUGAGUGGUUCAUGAACUGCUGUGGAAGCCUUUGCAGUGCUGACAUGCCAGUCUCCACGCUGUUGUUCCUGUGUCACGGAGCGCUUGCAAUGCUGGACUGGCAGGAUGGGAGCAUGGGCCUGAGCGGGGAGGCUUUGCUCCUGGACACUGUGCAUGUUUUAUUUACCUUGACUUCACAGAUUAAGGAGUCAACAUUAGAAAUGUUCCUGUCUAGAGUCUUGGCAUCUUGGACCAAUUCAGCCUUACAUGUCCUUGAAUCAAGUUCCCCAAGUCUAAAGGACUGUCUGAAUGGGGGUUCAAGCAUAGCUAGGAGGCUUUUGGAAUAUGUCUAUACACACUGGGAACAUCCAUUGGAUGCUCUGAGACACCAAACCAAAAUCAUAUUCAGAAAUCUUCUGCAAAUGCACCGGCUCACUACGGAAGGGAAGGAUGUAGUCACUGACCCGUUCUUUGUGGAACUGACCAAGAGUCUUCUGCAGUUAGAAUGGCAUAUUAAAGGGAAGUACGCAUGCCUUGGCUGUUUGGUUGAGAGUACUGGAAUUGAACAUAUUUUGGCAAUAGAUAAAACGAUUCCAUCUCAAAUCCUAGAGGUGAUGGGAGACCAGUCAUUGGUACCUUAUGCAAGUGACCUUUUGGAAACCAUGUUUAAAAAUCAUAGGAGCCAUUUGAAAUCCCAAACUGUCACCAACACUUGGAUGGAUGAGUGGCAUGAGACGUGGGUUUCUCCUCUCCUUUCUAUACUGUGUGGAGGGAACUUGGAUCAGAAAUCGUAUGUGAUCGAUUAUUAUUUGCCAAGGUUACUGAAUUACAGCCCUGAAAGCCUGCAGUACAUGGUGAAGAUUCUUCAGGCAUCUAUUGACACUGAAACUGGGUCUUGUAACCGCAGAGGGGCUCUGGGAGCUUUGAUGGCAUGUCUACGAACAGCUAGAGCUCAUGGACAUCUUCAGUCUGCAACUCAUGCCUGGGAGAACCUUGUGUGCGGUGCACGGAUAAAGCAAGGCUUAAUUCACCAACACUGCCAAGUGCGGAUCGAUACACUAGGCUUGCUCUGUGAAAGCAAUCGGAGCACAGAAGUGGUCUCUACAGAAGAAAUGGAGUGGGUUCAGUUCUUUAUCACAUACAAUCUCAACAGCCAGUCUCCAGGGGAGCGGCAGCAGAUUUGCUCGCUCCUUAAAAAGUUGUUCUGUAGGAUACAAGAAAGUUCUCAGGUACUUUAUAAGUUGGAGCAAAGGCAGUCCCCCUCUGACUCAGAGAGCGAGUGCAGCAGAGAGAGGCCUCCCGUGUCUUUACAGCCGUAUAAGAAUUUCAUGUCAUCUGUUUGCAACAUCCUUUUUGAAGCAUUGUUUCCUGGAUCUUCCUACUCAACUAGGUUUUCAGCUUUAAGCAUUUUAGGAUCAGUAGCUGAAGUGUUCCCUGUCUCAGAAGGUAACAUCCAGACAGUGUAUCAGCUGAGUCAUGAUAUUGAUGCUGGCCGUUUCCAAAUACUAAUGGAAUGCUUUACUAGUACUUUUGAAGAAGUGAAAACCUUAGCGUUUGGCCUUCUGAUGAAGCUGUCGUCAGUAACAGUUGGACAGUUCCAGGAUUCUGAGAAGCUGCAAUACCUGUUCCAGGCAGCAUUGGAGCUCAGCACCAGCGCGAAACCCUACGACUGUGUGACAGCCUCCUACCUGCUGAACUUGCUCAUAUGGCAGGAUGCUCUGCCAGCCUCCCUGACUGCCUCCUCAGCACAGCAGCUCACACGGGGAGCUGGAAAGAAGGCUGCCGUGCUGGAAAGGAACACGUUAGUGGUUAUGAAGUGCUUGAUGGAAAAUCUUGAGGAUGAAAUAUCUCAGGCUGAGAACUCUCUGCUUCAGGCUGCAUCCUCAUUUCCAAUGUAUGGGAGAGUCCACUGCAUAACAAGAGCUUUCCAGAGGUUGCCUUUGAAUGCCCUGCAGUUGGUGAGCGAGUGGAGGCUGGUGGUGGAGAGGCUUUUGCUGCUGGCCUACAGGCUUUCUGCUGUGGUGUCUCCUGUCAUCCAGAGCUCCUCCCCUGAAGGCCUCAUCCCUAUGGACACCGACUCAGAGUCAGCAAACCGCUUGCAAGUGAUUCUCAAUGAGAUUCAACCACGGGAUACUAAUGAUUACUUCAGCCAAGCCAAACUACUGAAAGAAUGUGAUAGCUUUGACUUGGAAGACUUGAGUACCAGUGUCUCAAAUAUUGAUAGUUGUGCAGAAAUCAAAGGUAAAGAAGGAAAAACAUGUGAUGUCACUGCUCAGAUGGUCCUGGUGUGCUGCUGGAGGAGUAUGAAGGAAGUCGCUUUACUUCUGGGCACACUCUGCCAGCUUCUCCCCAUGCAGCCUGUGCCAGAACCUUCUGAUGUGUUACUAACAGUGCCGCAGGUAAAAGAAAUGGGAGAUUACUUUAAACAGCAACUUUUACAGUCCAGACACAGAGGAGCAUUUGAGCUGGCUUACACUGGUUUUGUGAAACUCACUGAUGUAUUAAACAGGUGCUCUAAUGUGAGUCUGCAGAAGCUGCCGGAGUGGUGGUUGUGCAGUGUGUUGGAUGACAUUAAAAGCAGCGAUCCCUCCUCCAAACUCUGUGCCACAAGGCGCAGUGCUGGAAUCCCUUUCUACAUACAGGCACUGUUGGCAUCUGAACCAAAGAAGGGCAGAUUGGACUUGUUGAAAAGAACAAUGGGAGAGCUGAUCUCUUUGGCUUUGUCUGUAGAUACCUCAAAGGGCGCAGUCCCCCAGGUUCAUGCUUUAAAUAUCCUCAGAGCCCUGUUCAGAGAUACACGUCUGGGAGAAAACAUUAUUCCUUUUGUUGCUGAUGGAGCUAAGGCUGCAAUUCUGGGCUUCACAUCACCUGUCUGGGCAGUGAGAAAUUCAUCCACACUUCUCUUUAGUUCCUUGAUCACAAGAAUCUUUGGAGUUAAAAGGGGAAAGGAUGAACUUUCCAAAACAAACCGAAUGACAGGAAGAGAGUUUUUCUCACGCUUUCCAGAACUGUAUCCAUUUCUUCUCAAACAGUUGGAAACUGUAGCCAGUACAGUGGACAGCGAGACAGGAGAGCCUGAUCGCCACCCCAGCAUGUUCCUCUUACUCUUGGUGCUGGAGAGACUCUACCCAUCUCCGAUGGAUGGCACGUCGUCUGCACUCAGCUUGGCACCCUUUGUUCCUUUCAUUAUCAGGUGUGCUCGCUCACCUAUCUACCGCUCCCGUGAAAUGGCAGCCCGUGCACUGGUCCCCUUCAUUACCAUAGACCAAAUACCAAGCACCCUCCGUGCUCUGCUAGACUCACUCCCCAACAGCACUGACCAGUGUUUCCGACAAAACCAUAUUCAUGGGACACUUCUACAAGUUUUUCAUUUAUUACAAGCCUACGUUACAGACUCCAGACACAGAACCACUGCAGAUUUUCAGCAGGAGUUGAGUGAUGUCACCGCUUGUACCAAAGCCAAACUCUGGCUAGCCAUGAGGCGAAAUCCAUGCUUGGUGACCAGAGCCGUGUACAUUGAUAUUCUCUUCCUGCUGACUGACUGCCUGAGCAGACCUGCAGAAGGCACGCAACCAGGUGCUUAUAAUAAAAAGUUGGACACUCCUCCCUCCAGCCGCCUGUUCCUUCUAGAGGCCCCGUCCCUCGGUUCUGGAUCACAGUUUCCACCCAUGGGACCUCCAUGGAAGCAGAGGCUGGUCUUUUCAAUUCACCGCCUCGUGAGUCUUGAGAGAGACAAGAAGACAACUGUACGUGGCAGGCCAGUGUCUACACUGUGGAAGCCCACUGCCCCACUGCCUGCCAGCAGCAUCGGAUCGUGCUCAUUCAUUCUUCUGAAUUCUUAGUCACACUUCCUUUGGUGUCUUCCUUACAGAGAAAAUGCACCAUAGUGAAUGCCCUUCCUCUUCCCUUCCGGGAAGUACCAAACUAGCAUCAGUGUGCUUUGCUUAGAGUUGCAGUUCUUGCCUCCCCACUCACUAACCCAGCAGACCCUUGGGAGAGUUCUCCCGAGUGUGCCUCUCAGCUGGGACACAGGAUCACCUGUCAGCAUCUUAAUAAGGCAGUAAUCUGCACAACCUGAACCCAGCAGAAUCCAAACCUGCUAGGAUCCGUGCAUGCAUGCGUGCAAUCGAGGGCUGUGGUUUUCAAAAAAUGUCUGGGUUAGCAGCAGCUGCAGCAGCACCUGUAAGGGCUAGAGGUGUGACUUCCUCACUGAGAACUGGGUCGGUGGCUAGGCCAGGCAUGGUGGCUCACACAUGUGAUCCUAGCACUUGGGAGGCUGAAGCGGGAGAAUUGCCACAAAUGCAUACAUACGAAGGUCCAGGCCAACCAGGACCUUUUUGGGAUAGUCUCUCUCCAAAACCAAAAACGUAGUAGAGAGCUUGCCUGGCAUGCCUAAAGCCCUACCUGAGGCUCUAGCACUGUGUGACCCAAGUGUGGUGAUGCCAGCCUGCAACCCAGCAUAGAGGAUUUGCAGGGUCCGCAGUUCAGGGUCAUCUUCAGCCAUGUAGCAAAUUCAAGGCCAAUAUGGGCUACCUGAGACCUUGUCUCAGCAAUUAGUUAAUUGGUUAAUUAGCUAAAAUGGAAUAAGACUGAUCCCUCCAGGGGAGGCACCCUUGUGUUUCAGCAAUUCUGGGGCCAGAGAGAUGAUAAAAGUACUUGAGUCUGAUCCCUGGAACCCAUGUAAAUGUGAAAGAUGAGAAUCAACUCCACAUGGUUGUCCUCUGCCUCUGUGGGUGUGCUGUGCAUUUCCGCCAUGAUAAGUGAAAUGAAGUUUGAAAGGAAAGCUUAGCUCUGGUGUAUCUCUGUGUCACAGCAAUCUGGAGAAAGUAUGGCGUGAACAUAGUUUGAUGCUUUUCUACCUCAUGGUACAGACGUAAAGCAGACCCCUUAGAUGGUCCUAGAUCUUCCAUCUCUUCUCACCGAGCAUUCCCAGUCAAGCUCCUUUUUAACAAAGAGUUACUUUAUUUUAUUUAUGUCUCUCUGUGUGUGUGUGUGUCUGUGUCUGUGUCUGUGUGUAUGUGUGUGUCCGUGUCUGUGUAUGCACACAUGGUGCCCGCAGAAGCCAAAAGAGGGUCAGAUCCAGGGGUGAGUACUGGGAACUGAACCCGGGUCCUCUGCAAGGACAGCAAGUGCUCUUAACCACUGAGCCAUCCCUCCAGCUCCUGAAAGGCAUAUUUUUAUCUGUUCUCAGUAGUACCUAUUGCACUCUUUGGUCUCUCUUCCAGCCUUUGUGUUCUCUUUACCUGUCUUAGGUGGGUUUCUACUGCUGUGACGAUACACAAUCACCAAAAGGAAGUCAGGGAGGAAAGGAUUUAUUCGGCUUAUACUUCCACGGCACUGGUCAGCACCGAAGGAAGUCAGGGCAGGAACUCAAACAGGGCAGGAACCUGGAGGCAGGAGCUGAUGCAGAGGCCAUGAAGGAGUGCUGCUUACUGGCUGGCUCCUCAUGGCUUGCUCAGCCUGCUUUCUUCCAGAACCACCAAGCCAGGCAUGGCACCACCCCCAAUGGGUGGGCCCUCACCCAUCAAUUACUAAUUAAGAAAAUGUCUUACAGCCAGAUCUUGUGAAGGCAUUUUCUCAAUUGUGGUCCCUCCUUUCCAGUGACUCUAGCUUGUGUCAAGUUGACCUAAGACUAACCUAUUGUUUCAUUGGUGACUUGGGCCAAUAGUUUAACCUCUCACUUGACUCAUCUGUGAAAAAGGAAUAAUAAUAGUAGAGCCUGCCUUAUUCGUGAGUAGUUAAAUGGGUAGAGAAACACCCAACAGUGUCAAUUUUAAAACCAUUCUUAUUCAUAAUGUUAAAUAAUAGGUAUACAAUAUUUUAUAAUAACAAAACAGUACCUGGUACAUAAAUACUCAACAACUGACCUCUGUGAUUCACUGGCAAUUUUAGACAGUAGACAUUUGAGGGUUUUUUUAUUAACAAUUUUUUAUUGACUCCUUGGGAAUUUCACACCAGGCACCCCAAUCCCACUCAUCUCCCAGUCCCUCCAUAUCUGCCUCCAACCUUGUUGUGUUUCCCCCCCCACACACAAGGAAAACUAAAAAAGAAUAAUAAAAAUACAAAUAAGAAUGCUAAUUUAAAAACAAACACAGUCUGGUCUACAGAGCAAGUUCCAGGACAGCCAGAGUUGUUAUGCAGAGAAACCCUGUCUCAAAAACCAGAAAAACAACCAAAACACUUCACUCCUCCAUCUUUCCUGCCCUCCUUCCCCUCUUCAUUCAUCCUUAUGGCAGUGGGAGCUGCUGUGUAUCGUGCAGUAUGCCCUUUUGUCCACACAGCUUUACUAGCUUCACUUGCAGAUGUUCAUGGUGUAAUGUGUUGUUGGUCAGAUUCAGGGCCUCUGGCUUCUGCUACACCACCAAUACUGGACCCUCACAGAAACUCCUCUCUGAUAUCCUGCUGUUGCCCAGAUGGAGUCAUGGAGAUCCUGCAGCUGUGGCUCCAGAGGACCAGUGCCUUCACACGCUCCAGCAGGUCAUAGUUGGGGAGUGCCAACUCAAAGCCUUGGAUGUGUGUCUGGGUGGUUGACAUUUGAAAUUUUCACAGUUGCCUUUUCAAUAUUGUGUGCAUGGCCUUUAUUCCCCUUUUGUCUGAAGGCUCUUCUAUACUCGAUUGUUCUCCUUGUCAAGUCUGAAUCAUCCUGUGUCCCAGAGUACUCAGAGCAUCAACUCCACUGGCAAGGAAGACCAGGGUGUCUAUACCCCAGGGACUUUCUUGAACAUGCCCCUCCCCUAAUCCUAGGAUUUAGCAAGACCCCAGAGGAAGCAAGCUGGUUCUGGAUGUCCCACUCUGGAGUCCAAGAGACCAACACUCUACCUGGAACAUCCCCUACAGAU